UGUCUUUUAUGAUAGUAUAAACCGGCUACUAUUAAUAUUGAAGAUCACAUCGCUUUUUUCCAUGUGAAAAGCAAUUUACAGAGUCUUACAUGACCUUCGUUCUAAAUAAAAUCUACUGUGGCUGUAGCCAAGUAAGCAUCACAACCAAAUCCUUUGUAGGUUCUGACGCUUCAUCUGUGCUCCAGCAAAAAGGCUAUUUCUAUUUUUUUUUAUUUUUUAUAAAUCUUAUACAUCUGCGCAUAUCUUUUCUUAAACAGCAUGUCUGUAAGGUCACUGUGACAAAGUCCGGUGUAUAAUGUCGAUUAUGAACCAACUUUCUUCAAAAAUCCUUUUAGCAAUUGCCUAUAUCAUAGCCAUACUAUAUAACGUUACGGGCUAUUGUAUGAUACGGCAGAGAUGAGGUUUCAACGCGUGAAAGUGCCAUCAGGUAUUUAGCCUUGGAAGGCUUCACUCGCCUCCUAGCGGUAGAAAAGUAACGAGGUCUUCAUUGCAGCUUUAGAAGUUGUGAGCUCAAAUGACUAGAAAGAUAAUUAAUUUGCCUAACAUUGGAUCGAAAUGGAACAGGAAAUGUUCUGGAGAAAGUUAUGACUGCAAGUUGAGACGCAUUCGGUCUGAGUGCUAUAGCCUGCAAAAGAGAGGGUUGAAAGGAUUCAAAUUGUCAACCAGAGUUUUGAAGGUCCGCCCAGCGA